GCACAUGCUUCAGCGGCAACCACCGGCAUGAUAUGACGCAGGUCAAGGCUUUCACAUGCCGUCAAUUGCAUGUCAUGUCCCCUUUUUUUUCUAGUUCUAGCGGCAGUUUUAUACAGUAUUACCUACGGUGGAUAGUGAUCUGUGUUUACCCCUCGCUUCAGCUCAGUUUACCGUUGUGUCGAAUUGAUCACCCUUGUGGCAGCGCGUAUUCCUGGCUGGAGAAAACUCGGCCAUCCGGGGUUCGCUCUAAUUGGCGUUUUUCGAGAUGUUUCAGUGGCCACUGACAGAUCAAAUGCUUCGGCGGUACCUGAAAUGCAUUGCAAACGGACGGUAAAUGCAGGUCUGCUGCAGAAAUCCAGGUCGGUCUUUGUGACUUUGACGCGUCUUCGGCAGCUAGGGACGAUCGUUGGUUCUGUCCCUUGAGCCGAACAAACGAAUUGGAGUUCGCGCCCACACCGCGGCAGCCCGGUACAGCCGACACGCGAGCAGUUGGCUACCCCCAUUUUUUUGGCUUCCCCGAGAAUACCCCAGAUCUUUUGGACCAAGAAGUCCAUCAAGCAGUCAAACACCUAAAGAACGUGCGCCCGACGGCGACGUUAGGUUUCCCCACACGUACAACCUAACCUAAAAGAGCAUGACUGACAACCGGCCGCUACGGUUGCUGACCAGCCGAACGGCUCCGCGACCUCGUGUCAUUAGCUUGAAUUGCAGGCCCAGGCUUGAAGGCUGAUCUGAAAAGGGACAAGGCCAAUGCCGCUGGCCCGAUGUCUUCCGACGAUCUCAGCAGGGUUGCUGCCGGCCGAGACUCUUGGUCAAGGUAUAAGCUCCCUGGUCACGUUCACAAGCUGGCUGAUCAUUGUGCCUAGGUUUGAAGUCUGCUCAAGUCUGACUUUUCCAAACUCCUUCUUCCCAUUGACUUUCCUUCCACCCUUUCGAUCAGGCCAAGACAAAGCUUAGACAGAUUUUUCCCUUUUCAUUGUUCCAGUUCUCCAUUUCCACGCGCAUCAUUGCGAUUCUGUCAAUAGCUCCCUCAGUAGCACGUACAUUGUCGUAAGAACCAUAUUCCCGAGAUGGCUUCUAAAAACAUGGUGAAUCCUGCUGUCGAACCCAGCAUGGAAGACGACCUGUUUGCCAGAGAAGUGGCCGAGGUCAAGCAGUGGUGGAGUGACCCCCGUUGGAGGUACACCAAGCGGCCAUUCACUGCCGAACAAAUUGUAUCCAAGCGAGGCAACUUGAAGAUUGAGUAUCCAAGCAACGCACAAUCUAAGAAGCUGUGGAAGAUUCUCGAGGGCCGGUUCCAGAAGCGCGAUGCCAGUUACACCUAUGGCUGCUUGGAGCCAACAAUGGUGACCCAGAUGGCCAAGUACCUAGACACGGUCUAUGUUUCCGGCUGGCAGUCAUCCUCUACAGCGUCGUCCUCUGAUGAGCCGGGCCCGGAUUUGGCAGACUACCCCUAUACCACCGUUCCGAACAAAGUGUCUCACUUGUUCAUGGCACAACUGUUCCACGACCGGAAACAGCGUCAUGAGCGUCUUUCGGCGCCCAAGUCGGAGCGGUCUAAGCUUCAGAAUAUCGACUACCUGCGACCCAUUAUUGCCGAUGCCGACACUGGCCAUGGAGGUUUGACAGCGGUGAUGAAGCUGACGAAACUCUUCAUCGAGAAGGGAGCAGCUGGUAUCCACAUUGAGGACCAGGCUCCUGGCACAAAGAAGUGUGGACACAUGGCGGGCAAGGUCCUGGUGCCCAUCAGCGAGCACAUCAACCGCUUGGUUGCCAUUCGGGCGCAGGCCGACAUCAUGGGUGUCGACCUUCUCGCAAUUGCGCGUACCGAUGCCGAGGCUGCCACGCUGAUCACGACCAGCAUCGACCCCCGUGACCACGCCUUCAUCCUCGGCUGCACAAACCCGAGCCUGCAGCCGCUUGCCGAUCUCAUGAACACUGCAGAGCAGUCUGGAAAGACUGGCGAUCAACUGCAGGCCAUUGAGGACGAGUGGAUGGCAAAGGCAAACCUGAAGCGCUUCGACGACGCAGUUGUUGACGUGAUCAACUCUUCCUCGUCCAUUCGCAACCCGAAGGAUGUGGCCGCAAAAUACCUGCAGGCCGCCAAGGGCAAGAGCAACAGGGAAGCCAGAGCCAUUGCAAGCAGCUUGGGCGUUCCCGAAAUCUUUUUCGACUGGGACUCGCCCCGCACGCGUGAGGGAUACUUCCGCAUCAAGGGUGGCUGUGAUUGCGCCAUCAACCGUGCCAUUGCCUACGCGCCAUACGCCGAUGCUAUCUGGAUGGAGAGCAAGCUGCCUGACUACGAACAGGCGAAGGAGUUUGCCGAGGGCGUGCACGCUGUGUACCCCGAGCAAAAACUUGCGUACAACCUUUCACCUUCCUUCAACUGGAAGACGGCCAUGCCGAGAGACGAGCAGGAGACGUACAUCAGACGCCUGGCGGGUCUGGGCUACUGCUGGCAGUUCAUCACGCUCGCGGGUCUGCACACGACGGCGCUCAUCAGCGACCGCUUCGCGCGUGCGUACUCCGAGGUCGGCAUGAGGGCGUAUGGCGAGCUUGUGCAGGAGCCCGAGAUGGAGCUUGGCGUCGAUGUCGUCAAGCACCAAAAGUGGAGUGGCGCGACGUAUGUCGACGAGCUGCAGAAGAUGGUGACGGGUGGUGUGAGCAGCACCGCUGCCAUGGGCAAGGGAGUGACAGAAGACCAAUUCCACUGAGGGGUGUUUUUUUUUGUGGUCUGUUAAGAUGUGAGCUGUUUUGAUGUUUUUUGAUGAGAAUGACGGUCGAAUUUCUCGUAGGCAGGAAUUUUUCAAUCGAGGGUAUAUAGUGGAAAUGAAUACGACUUCACCAGCCGUCAAGGAUUGCUUCUUUUGCCCGCUGACUCCGCAAUAGACAUGGCUGC